AUGCGUUUCUGUGUAAUUGCUCGUUCACAGACAAUUUGCGAAAGGCCUUGGGUUUUGUGUCAGUUUGUGGGGUCUUCAUAUUCUGCUGUUCAAGCACUUGAAUUUCCUGAAGAAAAUGUGACACCAAAUUGCAUGGAAUUACAACAACGAAUGCAGAGUUAUGCUACAUCAGGUUGCAUUAGGAAAGCUCUUGAGACUAUGAAUUACAUGAGGAAUGUGCCUGGGAAACCGACAGUUUAUGAUUUCAAUUCAUUGAUUUAUUGUUAUUUGAAGUCAAAACACGUGUCAUUGGAAGAAUUGGUUGAAGUGUAUUUUGGGAUGAAGAGGUUUGGGCCGUGUCCAAAUGCAUUGACUUUCAAUACCCUCUUGAAUGGGAUGGUUGCACUAGGGAAGUUGAAAGAUGCGUUUUGGAUUGCUGAGGAAAUGUGCGCAAGUGGGUUUUUGCCUUCCUUUAGUUCCUUGUCAAAAUUGCUGAAGAAGUUAUUGGAUUUCGGGAGUUUGGUGGAUUCACUUAAUGUACUGGAACUGAUGUUGGGAUGUGGCUAUUUUCCAACUGAACCCACUUUGAAUUUGUUGAUUGUUGGCCUUAGCAGAGCUGGGAUGGUUAGUGAGGCGCACUUUGUGUUUUCUAUUCUUCUGGGAAGUGGCCAUUUUCGAGCUUUGAUUUAUGGGUUUAGUAGGGAAAGAUUAUGGGAGGAAGCUUUCCAAUGUUUAAAUGAAAUGAAAGCUGACGGUUGUAAGCCUAAUGUGAUUACAUACACUGUAAUUAUAAAGUUUCUCUGUGAUAAUGGGAAGAUUGGAGAGGCAUUGGGCCUCUUGCAAAAGAUGGAAAAGGAAGGAUGUGGUCCAGACUUGGUAACAUAUAAUGUUGUUCUUCGUGAACUUUGUCAACAAAAUAUGGUUGUUAAAAUUGGUGAGCUUGUCCAGGAAAUUGAUCAAAGAGGAUUUUCUCCUGAUUCAUUCACCUAUGCUGCUUUGGCUGGGGGCCUGUUAAAAGUGGGCAAAAUAGGGCUUGCCAAUGAACUGUUGCUCGAUAUUAUAUCUAGGGAUUGCAGGGUGGAUGCUGCAGUUUACAAUAUAUACUUCCAGACUUUUUGUUGUGACAAUAGGUCAAGAGAAGCAUUAUCUUUGAUGAAGAGUAUGAUGGAGACGGGCUUUAGACCUAAUAAUGUAUCAUAUAACACAAUUUUGAAAGGAAUUUGUGAAGAAAACAACAUUGAUGAAGCUCUGGAGUUCUUCGAUCACAUUGACUGGAGCACAAAUGGGCCUGAUUUGAUUUCGUUCAAUACGAUUUUGUCUGCAGCAUGCAAACAGGGAAACUCUUCAAUGAUUCGAAGGAUCUUGUAUCGAAUGGAGUAUGAAGGUGUUAAGCUUGAUGUUGUAAGUUCAACUUGUUUGAUUCAGUAUUUCUGUACAGUUGGGAAGAUUCCAGAGUGCUUAAAGCUUUUGGAAUAUAUGAUGAAUAGUGGUCCUAGUCCCAAUAUAGUGACUUUUAAUACCAUUCUUGUCAACCUUUGCAAGAACCGGUUGCAUGGAGUAGCAUGGAGGAUUUUCACGUAUUUAAAAAGCUCUGGGAUUUUACCCAAUACAACUAUGUAUAAUAUACUCAUACGAGCUGCCAUAAAAGAAGGCAAUGAGUUUCUGGUGGGUCAGUUAUUAAGAGAAAUGGCUAGCCAAAGGCUAAAGCCUGAUGUUGCUACAUAUGGUUCCUUUAUUUAUGGCCUUUGUAAGGAAGGGAAGAUAUCAGUUGCUGUCCAGGUGCGAGACCAAAUGCUUGAGAAUGGGAUUACUCCAAGUGUGGAUAUAUACAAUACGAUAUUGGAGGCAAUGUUCAAAAGAGGGAAGUUUUGGGACAUUAUCUCAGUAUUGAAAGAUAUGGCUAGGGAUGGGUGCGAACCUGAUUCAGUCUCUUUAGAUAUUUUACACCGAGCAGCGACAAAAGGUUGGAUGAAGGGUUUUCCUAAGGCUGCAAAAUGUCUGGGGUUUGUGAUAUCUGGUAGUUGUCAAAAGGAGGCACGUCACAAGGAGAUACCAUGCUGAUUGACCAAGAGAAUUGUGCCAGAUUUGAUUGCUUCAUUAUCAUGACUCGCACCCCGUAGCUGAAACCUGUUUUGGCUUGAAUGUUGUUCCCCGCAGACUCUAUUCAGAACUUGGAACCAGGAGUGCCAUUUUGGUAUUGAGCAGUGCUAGCCUGGAUACACGCAAUUGAAGAGGAUCUGAGUUUGGAAAAAACCAGAACCCACAAAUCCUAUGCGCAGCCGCAAUGAUGAUGGCGGUUGGUCCUCCACAAACUCGUGGAUUGAGAUUCUACUUAAGUACUUCCACAUUCGCACUUGCCCUGUUAUUUCAAACCACUGCUCCACCUUUUGCAGCUGCAGUCCCUGUUCAUUGCAUGUGCUCGAUUUAAAGUUACCUCCUGCUCGAAUUCGUCAUUGAUGAACGAAGAACCUAUUUGUGGGUAAGU